AUGGAGAUCCUCGAGAGAAACAUCAAAGUGGCCUUGGUCGGUGAUGCGUGUGUUGGCAAAUCGAACUGGGUAUCUAUGUUUCUAGAUGACUAUAUUUCAGAUGAUUACGUUCCAACAAUUAAUUACCAAAGUCGCCUGCGUGAGUUUGGUUCUACGAUUGGUGUUUGUACCUUUGAUAUCUGGGAUAUCUCUGGAUCACAUAGCACGCCCCAAAAUAGGGCAAAAUGGAUCGAAGAUAGCGAUGCCGCUAUUAUUAUGGUGGAUCUCGCUAAUCAAGACAGUAUCAAUAACACAAUUUCAUGGUAUCGAGAGAUUCUGUUAUCCCAGCAAUACUCCGAUAACCCAAAACAUUUGCCGAUUAUGGUCUUUGCCUAUAAGGCCUAUGAAGAUGAUACUAAAUAUAAGAUAAAGCCGACAGAGAUCUCUUGGCCCGAGGAGAUGGGUUCUACGCCAUUUCACUACAAUGAAUAUCGGGAUACGACUAAUUGGGAGACGGAUAAGACUCACUUCUCUGCGAUGCUUCUAGCGGAUACAUCUAUGCGAAGACCCUUUGGAUGGAUCUUGGAGCAACUAACCGGUCAACCCGAAGUAGGUUUCCAAGUCCAUUACCCUUCUGGACCCGGCUUUUGGUAUCCACCUUGCCCUGGUGAACUUGAGGAAAACCAGAGACAAAUGGAUGAGGUGUGUAAACUGCCUAUGCCAGAAGAAAGUGAUGUGGAGUUGUGA